AUGUCAUCUGAGCUUGGAUUAUUGAGACAGCGUAUCACUGAACUUGAGGCUGAGAAUGCAGAGCUUAGGAAGGAGAAUACUGAGAUCUCCGGUCUUAGAAUCAAGCUCUCAGUAUCUGAUGCUGAAAUAGCUGAACUUAAGCGCAGGAAUGCUGAAUUUCUAAGAGCGAAUAAGGAAUAUAACAAGAGGCGUGAUGCUGAAAAUGCCAAACUCAGGGCUAGAAUCAAGGAGAUGGAAUCUGAUUCACCUAGCUUCAAUUUAGUUGCAGUAUCAGAGGUGAUAACAGUACCUACCAACUCUGCGAAGCAUCUUAAUAGCAAAUCGUUGGAAGAGAAAGACAUGGAUAGUUUCUUACUUGAGGCUCAUAAGAAAAUCGUUAGUAGUGAAAUAAAGCAACACAAUAAGGAGAAGAAAUUUCUACGUGAGUCAGCUAAAAAUCAAGUCCAUUCGAAAUUAUCACGUGACAAAAAAACUGUUACCAAUGGUAACGAAUAA